AUGGCCGACACCAAUACUAACGCUCCUGCCGAAGCUCCCCGGCCUGUAGAGACAGCCAGCGCUAUUGCACCUACUUUACUGGCGCCGUUCAACGCGGACGAAGACGAUGCGGAUUCGGCUUAUGGUGGGUCCGUGGCUGGUACAGACACGACUUCACUUCUGUCUCCAAUAGCAAGAUAUCGAGAAGAAAAUGGCCGUACCUAUCAUUCCUACGGCACGACAGAGCACUGGGGACCGAAUGACGACAAAGCACAAGACCAGCAAGAUCUCUCGCACCAUCUAUGGGGACUGGCGUUGAAAGGACAGCACUUUCUCGCACCGGUGGAGCCUGAGAAUGUGUUAGACAUGGGCACUGGCACGGGGAUUUGGGCGAUGGAGAUGGCCGAGAAGUUUCCUGAUGCUACUGUCAAGGGCAUUGACCUAAGUCCCAUCCAGCCGACAUGGGUACCGCCCAAUCUGUUCUUCGAGGUAGACGACUACAACAUGGACUGGCUAGACGAGGAGCAAUUCGACUUGAUCCACGCACGAGAACUGUUGGGUACCACGCCAGACUGGCCUGGUCUGUUCCGGAAAGCCUUUAAGGCGCUGAAGCCUGGUGGUUGGUUUGAGCAGCAUGAACCUAGUCUGUUCUUCCUGUCGGAUGUUGUGAAGCUCGAGGAGGAUCACCCAUUUCCCAAAUGGGGUCAACUAAUGGUGGAGUCCGGUGAGAAAGCAGGUCUUCGGUUCGACAUCGGUGCAGAGCUCAAAGGAUGGAUGGAGCAGGCAGGCUUCGUGAACGUCACAGAGUAUCGAAUGCCAUGGCUCAUUGGUGGUUGGUCAGAAGACAAGCAUCAACGAGAAGUUGGGCAGUGGAAUCAGCUACGGCUGGAUCUUGGUAUUGCAGACUUUUGCUCGCGGCGAUUCCAUAAUCAGAUGGGGCUUUCACCCGAAGAGAUCGAAGUGUUCUGUGCGAGGCUACGGCUUGCCUUCCGAGACAAACGCCUCUUUGGCUAUCAGUGGGCAUACUUCGUAUACGGACAGCGACCUCCGACUGACCCGAAACCAUCCAUAUUACAACCAUAG